AUGCCGGAAGAUUCCACUCAUCUGUCCGGAGGGGGGAUUCACGGAGAAGCUUUUUCUACAAGGCUGCCUGGGAGGGGCAGCUUGAGUCCUCUGGAGUUUUACAUGCCGAUAGCUGAAUACCUCACAGAGAGCCCAAUAAACUUUGGCCAAACUAGCCUCAGUUCAGCUCCGACGAAGUUACUGGAAAUAGACCACCUACACCCCUCUCUGCCGUCCAUUUCUCUUCCUCCACCCACACCUUUCCCCGUCUCUCCCUCCGUUCCGUUACCGUUCACUCUCUCUCACGGCACCACAACUCUCGGCUUCGCGUUCCAGGGAGGAGUGAUCGCCGCAGCCGACACGCGUUCCAGCUGCUCGGGGCUGGUGGCCUGUCCCGCGUCCCCGAAGGUCUUACCUAUCCACUCUCACCUGGUCGGCACCACCUCGGGGACAUCGGCUGACUGUGCACUCUGGAAGCGCAUUUUGGCUCGGGAGCUCAGGCUGUACCAGCUUCGACACCGCCGCAGGCUAUCAACAGGGGGCGCUGCCAAACUGCUGUCCCACAUGCUGCAUCCAUUCAAAGGCACGGAGCUGUGCGUCGCAGCCACACUGUGUGGAUGGGAUGGGGACGACGAAAAACACGAGCAACCAAUUACAGAGAAACAUGCAAAUACUCCAACCAAUCAAAUGACAGCCAGCAAUUCAAGCGGCCAAUCAGCAGCAAGUGGAGCCUCAGCCGAUUCAAGCGGCCAAUCAGCAGCAAGUGUUGCCUCAGCGCCUCAACCAUUGAUAGCUGCUACUUCUCAACAAGUCAUCAGAAGUCGUUCGAGAACAUGCGGCCCACGGGUUAUUUAUGUGUGCAGUGACGGUCUGCGCCUGCAGGGGGAGCUGUUCUCUGUGGGCUCGGGGUCUCCCUAUGCAUACUCGAUCCUGGACAGCAGUGUUUACUGGGGAAUGAGCGUACAGGAGGCCACUGAGGUCGCAAGGGAGGCCGUGUACCGCGCCACCUACAGAGACGCGUACUCGGGCAAUAAUGUCGAUCUCUACCAUGUGACCGCCAAAGGGUGGAGGCGCAGAGAGAGGGAAAACUUGAAAGAGGAGUAUUACAGGGAGAAAGAGAGGGAGAGAGCGAGGGUGGCGGAGAGAAAUGCUGAAAAGAAAGCAAUUUUGAAGUCUGAUGAUGGAGAAAUAGUUUGA